UUGAUAGGAAAACCUUUACCAGGAGGAUUAUGAUGGUCCAAAACAACAAUUUCCUGAUAAAACAACUAAAUAAGUUUAUAACUACAUAUGUUUGUGGAAAAAAAUGAUUGUGGUGCAUUAGUCUUGUAUCAUGAAUGGAUUGGAAGUUGUUGACUAUUUUUUACUUGAGUGAGUUACCUAAUCUGGCACCAUCUUAUUACAAAACAAAAUCGGUUAGAUCAAUCUGCAAUAUAUAGAUUAGUUUGAUUGAAAUUUAAAUUGAAUUGCAAUCAAAUGUGAAUUUUCUUAAAAACUGUAGAGUUGGAAAUUAGAGUAUUAGAAACAAAUUUUAAAAGUGAUGAAAUGAAAAAGUGAAUCCAAAAGAGAGACAAGCUUUGGCACACAAACCAAAGCCUAGAAUUGGAUCUAUGGUAUGGGAUCCCCUCUGUAAUCCGAAUUUUUUGUUGCGAAGAAGAUUUUGACUUUGAGCACGUCCAAUAGAUGUAUCUGUAGUACCUACUUUACAUUAUGACAUCUUUAGAUAAAUGACUGGCCUCUGUAGAUCCGUUCUAUAUGUUCUAUUAUGGUUACAAAAGUUGAUUUGCUUCACAAGUUUUUUUUUCAUUUACCAACACAUCAAGUAUGCAAAUUUGAUACAUAUACAAUCUUUUGAAAUUGUAUAUAUAAUCAAAACCUCUUUAUGUCAAAAAAAAAAUCCAAGCUGUUGAUAUCCUAGCCUACUCAUUAUUACGUUUUUGGUGAUAUAGCCUAUAUUCAUAUUCCUAUGCAAAAAUUUCAAAAUCUAACCUCUAUGGGAAAAAUAAAAUACUACCAAAAUAAAAUACUAUUUAAAUAUACUUAAAAUGUUUUAAUAUACAAUGGGUUAGGUAAGGGAUCCAUUUGUUAAAGUAAUCCCAUUUUAUGGGAAAUAUGCAAGAGAAUCUUUUAGUAUAUUUUUUUAUUUUCACGAUAUUUCUGAUCAGCAUCGAAGAUCUAAUUUUUUUUUGUAGUGGAGGUUGCAACUGGUCUGGACAUUUAUGAAGUUACUUCCCUUUCAACCAAUAAAAACGACCCAUUCUGCCAGUUCACUCUUACUUACUUAGGAAAUAAAUAUAAAUAGAACUCAUCAACUGACUCAACUCUUCAUUAUUUAAUACCCCCAAAAAAAAGAGAAGUACCAAAGUUGAGUUGACAGAGACAACGAGACUGUCCGAUGGCUUCUCCAUUGAAGAAGCUCAUCUCAACCUUUUUGUUUCUCCUAUCCUCCACUGUCAUCAUGGUUGCCUCAUCAGAACCACUGUGUCAUCCUUAUAAAUCGAUCAUAAGCUUCGGUGAUUCCAUAGCCGACACAGGAAAUUAUCUACGUCUCUCCGACGUCAAUCAUCUUCCUCAAGCGGCAUUUCUACCUUACGGCGAAACCUUCUUUCAGCCUCCCUCUGGCCGUUACUCCGACGGCCGUCUUAUCAUAGACUUCAUCGCUGAAUUCUUGGGACUACCAUACGUACCACCUUAUUUCGGAUCUCAAAACGUGAGCUUCGAGCAAGGGAUUAAUUUUGCGGUGUAUGGAGCAACUGCCCUGGAUCGUGCAUUUCUUAUGGAAAAAGGAAUUGAAUCUGAUUUCACCAAUGUUAGUUUAAAUGUUCAGCUUAACACAUUCAAGCAGAUUUUACCUAACCUCUGCGCCUCGACUUCUCGUGAUUGUAGAGAGAUGCUUGGAGACUCGCUAAUACUCAUGGGAGAGAUUGGUGGGAAUGACUAUAAUUACCCCUUCUUCGAAGGCAAAAGUAUCAAUGGGAUCAAAGAGCUUGUUCCUCUAAUCAUCAAAACUAUUUCUUCAGCAAUUGUGGAUUUGGUAGAUUUGGGAAGCAAGACCUUUUUGGUACCUGGAAACUUUCCAAUAGGAUGUUCUGCGUCCUAUCUUACUCUAUUUCAGAAUGCAAAAGAAGAAGAACAUGACCCUUUCACUGGUUGUAUCCCAUGGCUCAACGAAUUUGGAGAGUACCAUAAUGACCAGCUUAAGAACGAACUCAAACGACUACAAAAACUAUACCCUCAUGUUAACAUUAUUUAUGCUGACUACUACAACUCCAUCCACACGUUUUUCCAAGAACCAGCCAAAUACGGAUUUAAGAACAGACCUUUGGCUGCUUGUUGUGGAGUUGGAGGUAAAUACAACUUCACUGUUAAUGAAGAGUGUGGAUACAGAGGAGUUAACUAUUGUCAAAAUCCAUCUGAGUAUGUAAAUUGGGAUGGUUAUCACUUAACCGAAGCUGCGUACCGCAAGAUCGCUCACGGUUUACUCAAUGGUCCAUAUGCAACUCCUGCUUUUGAUUGGUCCUGCCCUGGCUCUGCGUCAGUGGAUAAAAAAUAUUCUUUCAGCAGUUAAUAAGAAUUCAUUUGUUGUAAAAAAAAAUGAAGUAAAAAACAUUUAGUAACGAAAUGAUGAUGAUGAUGAUGAUAAUGAUAAUGAUGAUAAUGAUUAACAAGACUGGGUUGCUGCUACGGCAAGGCUUUGGCACAUA